AUGGAGGCUGUGGGUAUUGAUUGUUACUGCUGCUGCUGCUUUGCAGCGAGAGCGAUCGAUCUGGACAGUGACGAGGAUGACGACGACCUGUACACGCCCAGUGAGCGUGAGGCCGAGCGUCUGCGGAAGCUGAAGAUGGAGAAGGAGAUCAGGAAGAAGCUCGAGAACGACCAGGUGUUGAACCAGACGCGAGCCAUCUUGAACAAGGUUUCGACUACCAAAAACAAUCUGGACGUGAUUUCGCUCGACUCUGACUCGGAUGACGAGGAUGGUACCGAAAGUCCUUCCGAGGUUGAGGUCGUCGCGCGUCCGCCUCCGCAACCUGUAGUGGACAAAGGUCCGCGUAUUACCCUACACAUUCGCUCCAACGGUGGCGUUGUGGACGAAGUUGGCAUUCACAAGAAGGAGACGUUUGAUCAGCUUUACGCAAGCUUUUGCGAGCUGCAAGGUUUGCCACGGGAAGCCGUGCAGAUGGCGCUGGACGGAGAGCCCCUGCCGCUUACUGGUACUCCUGAAAGUGAAGACUUGGAUUCGGGCGACAUAAUCGAAGCAAAGGUCGACUUCUCACAGCAGUGCGAGGCCAAGAAGAAGACCUAUCUGCGCUUGCGGCUGGUGAUCUUCGGUAAGCGGUCAGAAAUCUUCAAGAUUGAUUCGACGGCGACAGUCGAGAAACUACACGCUAGUUACUGCAAGCGCCACGGCAUUUCGAAUCCGGGCGAUGUAAUUAUGAGUGUGCAAGAUCAGGAGCUCCGACUGGAUGAGCGCCUGGCCUUUUACGGCCUCAUAGACCUCGACGAGAUUUCUGUCAAAGUCAGCAGUGUUGUGGCAAGCCCGGCGGCCAAGCCCCGGACUAUAGAUGUACAGCUACGCUUCGCCGAAGGUGGCCCGCAAACUCACCAAAUUGUGCCGGUACGUUGA